UUGGUCAUGUAGAAGUUGAUGAAUCAAGAGGAAUGCACAUCUGUGAAGAUGCUGUAAAAAGAUUGAAAGCUGAAAGAAAGUUCUUCAAAGGCUUCUUUGGAAAAACUGGAAAGAAAGCAGUUAAGGCAGUUUUGUGGGUCUCAGCAGAUGGACUUAGAGUUGUUGAUGAAAAAACUAAGGACCUCAUAGUUGACCAGACAAUAGAGAAAGUUUCUUUCUGUGCCCCAGAUAGGAACUUUGAUAGAGCCUUUUCUUACAUUUGUCGUGAUGGCACCACUCGGCGCUGGAUCUGUCACUGCUUCAUGGCUGUCAAAGACACGGGUGAGAGGUUGAGCCAUGCAGUAGGCUGUGCUUUUGCAGCCUGUUUAGAGCGUAAGCAGAAGAGGGAGAAGGAAUGUGGAGUGACUGCUACUUUCGAUGCUAGUCGGACCACUUUUACAAGAGAAGGAUCAUUCCGUGUCACAACAGCCACUGAACAAGCAGAAAGAGAAGAGAUCAUGAAACAAAUGCAAGAUGCCAAGAAAGAUAAAACAGUAGUUUGUUCAUCAGUGGCUUCUGGCAACACUGCCCCAUCCCCAUCCUCUCCCACUUCUCCCACUUCGGAUGCCACCUCUUCUCUUGAGGUGAACAACCUUCAUGCCAUCCCACGCCGGCAUGCACCUAUCGAACAGCUUGCUCGCCAAGGCUCUUUCCGAGGAUUUCCUGCUCUUAGCCAGAAGAUGUCACCCUUUAAACGCCAGCUAUCCCUGCGCAUCAAUGAGUUGCCUUCCACCAUGCAGAGGAAGACUGAUUUCCCCAUAAAAAAUGCAGUGCCAGAGGUAGAAGGGGAAGCAGAGAGCAUCAGCUCCCUAUGCUCACAGAUCACCAAUGCCUUCAGCACACCUUCUGAGGACCCCUUCUCAUCUGCCCCAAUGACCAAACCGGUAACAGCAGUGGCACCACAAUCUCCUGCCUUCCAAGCUAAUGGCACUGACCCAGCCUUCCAUGUGCUUGCUGCUAAGCCAGCCCAUACUGCUCUAGCACCCGUAGCAAUGCCUGUGCGUGAGACCAACCCCUGGGCCCAUGCACCUGAUGCUGGUAACAAGGAAAUUGCAGCCACAUGUUCGGGGACUGAGUGGAGUCAAUCUUCUGGUGCUGCCUCUGCAGGUCUCUUCCAGGCGGGCCACAGGCGUACACCGUCAGAGGCCGACCGAUGGUUAGAAGAGGUGUCUAAGAACAUCCGGGCACAGCAGCCCCAGGCCUCUGCUGCUCCUUUGCAGCCCAUUCUCCAGCCGCCUCCAUCCACUGCCAUCUCCCAGCCAGCACCAUCUUUCCAAGGGAAUGCAUUCCUCACCUCUCAGCCUGUGCCUGUGGGUGUGGUCCCACCCCUGCAGCCAGCCUUUGUCCCUGCCCAGUCCUAUCCUGUGGCCAAUGGGAUGCCCUAUCCAGCCCCUAAUGUGCCUGUGGUGGGCAUCACUCCCUCUCAGAUGGUAGCCAAUGUAUUUGGCACUGCAGGCCAUCCUCAAGCUGCCCACCCCCAUCAGUCACCCAGCCUGGUCAAGCAGCAAACAUUCCCGCAGUAUGAGACAAGCAGUGCUACCACCAGUCCCUUCUUUAAGCCUUCUGCUCAGCACCUCAACGGUUCUGCAGCUUUCAAUGGUGUAGACGAUGGCAGGUUGGCCUCAGGAGACAAGCACAGAGACGUCCCUGCAGGUACCUGCUCCGUGGAUCCUUUUGAAGCUCAGUGGGCUGCGUUAGAAAACAAGUCCAAGCAGCGCACUAAUCCCUCCCCUACCAAUCCUUUCUCCAGUGACUUACAGAAAACAUUUGAAAUUGAACUUUAGGCAACCCCUAUGGUUUAUGUAUGUUGUCCAUACUUGGGGGCAGAGGUCAAAGGAGCAAAGAGGACUUUGUCUUUCUGAUCAGUACUCUUUUCACUAAUCCCAAAGGUCCCAAAGAACAAGUCCAGGCACAGAGUUCAGUAAGGGGUGAUUUUGAAAGAUAUGGGGAAAGCCAUUCAUAGAGAAAAUCUGCCUUGCAGUUAGGCUAAAGUAAUCAAGGGAAAUGUUGCCCUCUAUACCCUCUCUUCCCUCAACCCCUUAUAAAUCUCUGGUAACAGAGAGGCAGAAAUAUCUGAACAGGAAUUUGUAUUCAAAGCACAUUUACUGGAAUAUAAAACACAAUGGCAAGCAAAACAAUCUCCCUUUGUUUUUCAGGCCAUUCACCUGCCUCCUCUCAGUACUGGCCUUAGAGAUCAAGAACAGAUGGCAAGGGGAGAGAGGGGGCGGCUGUGCUGCCAGGAUUCCCGGGAGGGCAUACCAGCAACUGCCCAGUGAGCUGUAUUUGGGGGUGAAGUUGAGCUUCCAUUUUAAGCAACAGACUAAAUAUUAUAAAUAUAUAUCAAAAAAGCCAAAAUCUUUAUUUUUAUGCAUUUAGAAUAUUUUAAAUAGUUCUCAAUAUAAGAAAGUUGUAUGAGUUGUAAGUAAUCUUGCCAAAGGUAAAAGGGUUAGUUGUAAGAAAUUGUACAUAAGAUUGAUUUAUCAUUGAUGCCUAUUGAAAUAAAGAGAAGAAAGGGUGGAAGUUGGCAGAUGGGAUCCCUACUUGUUUACUGUCAUUCAUUGUAAGUAAGUAGCAUAUUGCAACAGCAAUCACGUUUAUGACCAAUACAGUCACUAGGUUGUAGUUUUAAAUACUGAAGAGCAGUAUUGUCCUGGUUUUAAACCUAUGGUGAAAUUCUAAUGUCAUUUUAAUAGACUCCAUCUAAAUAUGCUCUAUAGAGAAUAUGUAUUAUCUUUUAUAUUAUAUAUUGCUGCAGUUUCCUUAUGUUAAUCCUUUACUUUGUUUUAACACUAAGGUAACAAUGACAUCAUACCACAGAAUGGAAUGCAGGUUACUGUGUUGGUUCAUAAUGUGGAUCUUGUUUUGGCCUUUAAAUUUUGUUCCCACAAGUUUUGUGGGUUUGGGUAUUUGUGUUUUAUUAGCUUUGUGUGUAUGUUGCACCACCACCACCCCUUUUGGGGAGCAGAACAUCACAUUGCCCAUUGCAGCCCCUUGACCUUGGGUGAUGACGUGAGAUCCCAUCUUAUUUUUACUUUUGAACAUUGGCCUUACAAUCAAAUGUAAGUUAUAUAUAUUUGUACUGAUGAAAAUUUAUAAUCUGCUUUAACAAAAAUAAAUGUUCGUGGUAGAAGCGUU